AUGAUCUUUUACGUUAUUCUACGUGGAUUGGACACUAUUGAGGACGACACUGAGUUGGAUAAUGAUAUCAAGAUUCCUCUUCUCAGAUCGUUUAAGAGUGUCCUUGAUAAGGACGACUGGACUUUUGAUGGAGUUAGCGAGAAAGAACACGACAGAAUUGUAUUGGUUGAAUUCGAUACGGUUCUCACUGAAUUCCACAAACUCAAGCCCGAGUACCAAAAGAUCAUUGCUAACAUCACUCAUAAGAUGGGCAAUGGUAUGGCUGACUAUAUUUCCAAAGAAUCACAGAAGAACUAUGAAGGCGUGGAGACUAUUGCUGCCUAUGACUUGUACUGUCAUCAUGUCGCCGGUAUUGUAGGUGAGGGUCUAACCCAGCUGGCGGUUCUAUCGGGAUUCGGAGAACCUAUUCUGGACAAGAACCCUCAAUUGUACAAUUCAAUGGGUCUCUUUUUACAAAAGACCAAUAUCAUCAGAGAUUUCAGAGAGGAUCUAGACGACGGCCGUUCAUUCUGGCCAAAGGAAGUAUGGUCCAAGUAUGCUGAUUCUCUUGUUGAUUUCACCAAACCUGAGAACGAGAAAAAGGCUUUACACUGUGUUAGUGAUCUUGCUGUCUUGUCUUUACAACAUGUUGAAGAUUGUAUUGAAUACCUUGAGAACAUUAAUGAGCCCUCUCUGUUCAGUUUCUGCGCCAUUCCCCAGGUCAUGUCCAUUGCUACUCUAGAGCUUGUGUUCAACAACAAAGACAUCUUCUACAGAAAUAUCAAGAUCCGACGUGGUCUUGCUGCCAAACUCAUUCUAGAAAGUGGAAAUAUUGCUGGUGUGUAUAGGAUCUUCAAAGACUACACACGCAAGAUCCAUCUCCGCAACAGACCCGACGACCCUAACUUCUUGCGCAUCGAAAUCAUCUGCGGCAAAAUCGAAAAGUUUAUUGACGAACACGAUCCUACCUCGGCUCUUAACGUUGCCAAAGCUAGCCGGGCCACCAAACGUAAAAACGAACCUUCCGAAUUCGCUAUUUUUGUUGCUGCCGCUGCUAUCCUGUCGGUGACAUGUGGAACCAUGGUCCUCAUCGCGUAUCUCAACGGAGCACGUUUUGAUCUCGUUUUUGCAGACGGCUUGAAAAUGGUCAACCACCUCCUGUUCAAUGGCCCCAUGCCAAGCUCUGCACACGAAAACGUCGUGCCUGCUGUCACAGCUACCGUUGCCAGCGUCGUGGAGUCCGUCAUCCCCCACUCUGAUCUUUAG